CUUCCUUCCUUCUUCAUAAGAAGGAACUGAUGGCUCUCCAUUGUUGUGCACUAGGUUUUCUUAAACUUGUGAUUUCUUAAAGCUAUGGUUAAGGAGACUGAGUACUAUGACAUACUGGGAGUUGGUAUAGAUGCAACUGCAUCGGAUAUUAAGAAGGCUUAUUACCUCAAGGCAAGGUCAGUUCAUCCAGAUAAGAAUCCUGGGGAUCCAAAGGCUGCUCACAAUUUCCAGGUCCUAGGGGAGGCUUACCAGGUUCUGAGUGAUCCUGAAAAGCGAGAGGCAUAUGACAAAUAUGGAAAGGCGGGAGUACCUAACGAAUCGAUGGUUGAUCCAUCAACUGUUUUUGGAAUGCUAUUUGGGAGUGAAUUUUUUGAGGACUAUGUUGGACAACUUUCUUUGGCCUCCUUAGCAGCAGUUGAGACUGAGGAAGACUCGCAGGUGCCCAUUGAGUCCAGAUGGCCAAGAAUUCAAGAGAAACUUAAGGAACUACAAAUUGAAAGAAUUGUUAAGUUGACAACAAAUUUGAAAAUCCGUCUAGAACCAUUUGUUGAAGGUCGUGUUGACGAGUUUGUGAAGUGGGCAAAAUCAGAAUCGCGUCGCCUUUCUCAAGCUGUUUUCGGGGAGGCAAUGCUGCACACAAUUGGUUAUAUCUACACAAGGAAAGCUGCAAAAGCAAUUGGAAAAGACAAAAAGUUCAUGAAGGUGCCAUUUUUAGCAGAAUGGGUACGUGAUAAAGGACACCAGAUUAAAUCGCAAGUAAUGGCUGCAUCGGGGGCUGUCUCUUUAAUCCAGAUACAAGAGGAACUAAAGAAGUUAAAUGAAGGAGAAAACAAAGAAGAGAAUUUGAUGAAAGUUGUUGAAGAAAAGAAAGAUGCCAUGCUUAAUUCUCUUUGGCAUAUUAAUGUUGCUGAUAUUGAGUCCACUCUAUCACGAGUCUGCAAUGCGGUUCUUAGAGACCCGAGCGUUUCAAAAUUUGUGCUGAAGCGACGAGCCAUAGGGAUGAAAAAGCUUGGGACGAUUUUUCAAGGAGCAAAGUCUAUUUACACUAGAGAAAACAGCUUAAGGCAUGAGGGUGCCAAUGUAGUAGAUGCUUCAUCAAAGUAACGCAAAAAAUGCUUAAUCUGUGUAUGUACUACUUACUUGGAUCUAUCUAUACAU